UUCGUGAAUAUAUUAUUCUUAUUCCCUGUUCCACGUCUUACGUGUUACAUAUAUUCUACGUGCUCAAUUACGAAAAUGCAGAUUGCAUUUUUAUUAAUUUUGGCAUUUUUUGCUGCUGUUGCUGCAGUGGAUUACUAUCCAAAUACAAAAUUACGCGGCAUGUCAGGCUUUGCACAGAAAGGGCGCACUACUGGUGGCUCGACAGGACCAGUAAUUUACGUCAAUAAUCUGGAGGACUUGAAGCAACAUAUCAGCAACCCAGCAUCACAAACUUUACUCAUAACAACGAAUAUUCAUUCACCUAAAAAAGUUCGACUUUUACUGGGGGCUAAUAAAUCUAUAAUUGGUUCUUGGAAAGCAAACAUUAUCAAUAACGUUUAUUUUGAAACAACACCCAGCAAAUCAAGCAACAUUAUAUUCCAAAAUCUGAUUUUCCUACACAAUGUGGAAAACAUUGACAAUAGUGACACUCAAUUAAUUUUAGAUCAUGGUGAGCGUUAUUGGAUAGACCAUUGUACAUUUGACGGAAAAAAUGUAAACGAGAAAGAUUUAGGAAAACUACUUAAAGUUUCAACUGUUAAUUUUGUGACAAUUAGCUAUUGUAAGUUUGUUAAUCAUUUUUAUGGUUUGAUACUUGGUUAUCCAUCAGAUGAUCCAGCUGAUAUAGCUAUGAACAAUAAUUAUCCUCGACUGACUAUCAUGUUCAACUAUUUUGAAAAUAUUAAUGCACGUGCGCCAGGUUUGAUGCGUUUUGGAAAGUUCCACGUUUACAACAACUAUAUCAACAAUUGCCGGUUAGGAUUUACUAUUGGAACUCAAUGUAAAAUUUUCUCAGAAAAUAACUAUUUUACCGAAGCUUCAAAAGAUGUACUUGAUGAUAAGGGUACUGGUUUCUUUAAGGAUGCCGGAAGUAUAAAUAUGCCGCUCAGACAAAAUUCAAAGGUCGAUAAGUGGCGUCCAUCUUCGGACUAUCACUACAGUGUAAAAACGCCAGAUUACAGUCGAGAUUUUUGUACACAAUUUUCGGGCGCUCAAAGCCAAAAAUUACACUUCGUUCCUGAUCACAAAAAAUGUUAUUAAGUACGAAUAAUGUUCAAUUUUUUUUUUGAAGAAGAAAAGGUUGGAAGGAAAACACAACUUCUU